CCAGUACCUAAGUACUCGGUACCUACCUGCACCACUUACCAGCCGUUCGCCAUCCUGCCAUUCGUUCGUGUUUCCAAUCCCGUCUUUCAGCUCGCCCUCCUCAAACUGCCAUCAACCCCCCCGGCGAUCACCACAACUAAUGAUCGCACUAAUCCCCUCCCGUCGAAACUAGCCUGGUUCCCUUGCCCCUUGGUGUUCUUGAGUACUCCUUUCUGUCGUCUCUUGAACCGUUUUUUUUUUGGACUUGGCUCUUAGUCUCUUUUAGUACCCUUCGUUUCUUUUGUUUUUACCUUUUUCCUUUUUUUUUUUCUGUGCCCUCCCCUGGAAAUAUUAGUGUCGCCGCCUUGGGCAAACAUGCACGCGGAUGCGCGCACACCUUGAGAGCCUAGGGAUCCUUACAUACACAUACUUGUGGCAAGCCAAUUGGCCACACGAGAUCGUCGACUAAAGACUUUGUCUCGCUCCUCUAGAACAUCCUAAUCUUACCUGGUUAUCCGUCAUCACGAUGUCGGACUCAUGAGCACCAAAUAAGCCCGCGCUGGAUGGUCUAUCACCUGUCGUCGAGUCGCCGCGAACUGACCUCCCCGGGACGAUAUGCCUCCAGAACAGCCGCAGCCACCCAGGAAUACUGACCGCACGGUCCAUUACACCAUGAAGACCUCGUCGAGACCUGCCUCGACCCCGGGGCAGGGCAAUACACCGGCCUUCCGUUCGGCCAAGUCCUCCACCACCCCGACCGCGCAGUCACCCUACUUUCCCUACUCAGUGGGCCAGCCCUACCCACCCAAACUCUCACCGUCGAACACCGCCGCCAACCGCUUGACUACGCCCCAAGUCAGCCAUGAUACAUCACAGGCCCGGACACCGAGUCCAAACUACUUCGCCCUAGUUGUCGAGCCAACUCCAGAUCCCAGAGACACAUCGAUGCUGCCCCGUGAGAAUUGGAGUCCGGCUACGUCAUCGGUCAAGUCGUUUGCAGCCGCCAUCCCCAAGCAGCUUCCACUCGACGCCAACCCCGAGUUUGAGGCUUUCAGGAGGCAGGCAGACGCGAACAGGGGCGCCUCGGGGUUCAACCUGGCUACCUCUCACUUUGGCGUUGGUGGAGCCUGGCAAUCAAAGAUCGAUACAGACCACGACACCUCGUCGUCGGGGCCCAGACGACCGCGUGUUCCUAGAUGGCACACGCACGGCAGCAACAUGUCUAUCGGAUCGGUCUCUGCAACGCGGGCACCUGGCACGACAGUGGCUCCGUCAGUAGCCGCCCUUGAGCAGCAGGGACGACAACCACCACAGCCAUCACGACCUUCUUUACCGUCAAAAGCAUCCUCCGUCGGCGGAUACCACCCGUCAGCAACCCGCAUGGACCUCGACAUGGACGCUAGCAACCUACAUGAUUCAGCUUAUGUGUCCGAGGACUCGAAGAGAAACUCAGAAGAUGUGCCCAUCAAUCCGCCAUCACCUCGUCAAACAUCUUUCUUUGAGUCUCCGGUCCCGUUCGAGUCAAAUACGGAUCACAGAACAUCUUUGUCGACCAACGAGGAUCGACACCCGCGAUUGUCUGUACCGCAGGGUAAGCUCGACCCACCUACUCCGGCGCCACAGAGCAGACCAGUCAGGGCCGGUACUCUGCCGAAUCCCGCUGCCGAUUCAUCCUCACCUGCCAUGAUUCACCCGUCUGAGCUCAAGGACAUAAUUCAAGAUUCGUCAGCCGAUGACUUGUUAUUGCUGGAUUUGAGAGUAGCUACUCUGUACCAGGCCUCGCGAAUUGAGGGCGCUCUCAACCUCUGUAUCCCAACGACACUUUUGAAACGGGCAACUUUUGAUCUGCAGAAGCUUCGACAGACGUUUCAGACCGACGAGCACCAGGACAAGUUUGCGUGUUGGCAAGAGACCAAGUUUCUGGUGGUAUAUGAUGCUCACUCUGCCGAUACGCGCGAUGCGACGUCCUGCAUCAACAUGUUGAAGAAGUUUACCGCUGCUGGAUAUAAUGGUAAAGCCUGCAUCCUGCGCGGCGGAUUCAAGGCAUUUGCGGCGGCGUACCCGCAGCUGAUAGAUCGACGUCACGGAGGAGAACGGGCUGGAAAACCAAGCUUGACGCUCAAGUCGGGCAACGAUGGCGAAAGGCCGUCGGUCGCCCCCGUAAUUGGUGGUGUUAUGCUGCCCACCGGCACCGACGCGGUUCCUAAUCCUUUCUUCAGCAACAUCCGUCAGAAUAUGGACCUUGCCGAUGGUGUCGGACAGAUGGACAUUUCUGUGCCUGCCAGUUUGAACAACAAGGGCCUUCCUACUUGGCUUAGUCAGGUCGCUGAAAAGGCUGAUCACGGAAAGCAAGUUUCCGAGCGGUUUCUUACCAUCGAGAAGAAGGAGCAAGCGCGAAUGCGCAAAGCUUACACGGCCUACAAGUCUAACACGUCGUCCCUUACGCCUGGUUCGAGUACCGUUGAAAUCUCGGGCAUUGAGAAAGGGGACAAGAAUCGAUAUAAUAACAUUUUCCCAUUCGAGCAUUCUCGCGUGAGAUUGGAUGGCCGACAGCAGGGCGAGAGCGACUACAUCAACGCUAGCCACAUCAAAGCGACCAGGAGUCACAAGAAGUACAUUGCCAGCCAGGGACCGCUACCUGCUACUUUCGAGGACUUCUGGUCGAUGAUCUGGGAUCAAGAUGUACGCGUCAUCGUUAUGCUCACAGCUGAGCAUGAGGGUGGACAUCUCAAGUGCCAUCCGUAUUGGCGGGAAAGGGAGUUUGGGCCACUGAAACUCCGCUCACUAGGCGAGAAGAAGGUUUCCCUUGAUAUUGACAAACCCCAAUCCACCUCGGACAACAGCAGCCAAACGCCUAAAAAUCAGAAUGCGAGCACCCCUGGGCCACAGAGCACCCAGAAGCAGGCUGUCGCCGAGGGCCGGCGGCGUGCCAACACCACCACCACCAACCCGUUGAAGCCCGACAACGAGGGAUUCUUCAAGGCCCAAGCUCAAUCUCCUCAAGAGGUGCCGAUUGUAGUUGUUCGCAAGUUUGCCCUCAGCCAUGGUGCUCACCCGUUUGCUCCAAUUCGCGAGAUCACGCACCUUCACUACUCGUCGUGGCCAGACUUUGGCGCCCCGGCACAACCGAGCCAUCUCCUUGCACUCGUGGAACUCGCAAACUCAAUGCAACUCGCCGCAUACCCGGUUGAUGUGAACUCGGCGAUAGCCAGCUCUGAGCGUGCUGGAAGCCGAUUGUCGUCUCAAAAUAGUGGCAGUCGCGAUUUUGGUGGCUCGAGCGCCAGCAAAUUUGGCAAGACCAAUUCAUGGCCGGACGAGCCUCUGACGGACCCUGACGCGCGGCCCAUGCUGGUGCAUUGUUCUGCUGGCUGUGGCAGAACGGGUACUUUCUGUACAGUAGACAGCGUGGUAGACAUGCUGAAGAGGCAGCGGCAGCGAGCAGCCCGACGACUAAGUGCAGCAGCUGCGGCCCGUGAAAAGAGGGUCCGGCGAGAGGGGAUUAAGCGCAAACUCGAACAACGGGACAUGGACGGAGAUGUGUCAAUGGCGGGGAUCGCUGCCGAGGAAAAAGACCGGAGUCUCAGGCGGGAUAGCGUCAGCGUCAGCCCCACACGAGCAUCGUUCACAGAUUCGCCCUUGUUCUCCUCCCCGCCCAAAUUUCCAUUCCCAAGCAUCGCCGAAACUAGGGAGCUGGGAGGCAGCAGUUUCAGCGGCAGUGAUGAGGGCACCGGCUACUCUUGCUCUUCAUCAUCCGACGAGCAACAGCAGCAGCCCUCGCCGACGAAAGGCGCGUCAGAGGUCGUGUCUAUGAUUGGGCUGGACACAGCUUGGAUGGACGACGACAGCAUUGACCUGAUCGCAGCCACGGUGGAAGAGUUUCGAGGCCAGCGUCUCAGCAUGGUACAGACCAUUCGUCAAUUUGUACUCUGCUACGAGACUGUGCUUGAGUGGGUCGCGCGUCUGCAGCAGCGGACACACACUGAGGGUGAGGGCGGACUGCCGUUGUUCUCUGCGGCGUCGGUACCGGGUCGGGUGGCGAGGUCGAGGAUGCGCAGCGGGAGUGUGCAGGGUGAAGCGAAGCAAGCUGCGUAAUAAUUACCAGCCGCUUGGUUUUGCACAGUAUGCAUGGCAAGCCCUUAUGAUAAUUCUUAUAUAUAUCCCCAUGGGUACUGGCAUGUAUCCUCGUCGUGUGCGAGGGACUGGAGCUUUGUCAUUGACAUGACUCUCGGAUGUCAUGGCCCUUUCUACUAGCAAGCAUAGCAGGCGAGUAUUAGAAUGGGGAAACACUAUGAUAAUCUUGCUUUCAAGUUGCCCUAUUUUUUUAUAAUGGGCGAUUUUUUUUUCUUUUUCUUUUUCUUUUCCUGCAUAUGCCAAAGGCAUUGUACUAGGUAACAAACAACACGAAUGUUUAGUACGUUGCAGGAAUUAGGGAUUGAUUUCUUGUCUUUUGUCCUUUUUUUUUUUUUUCUUCUCUUCUUCUUUUCUUCUCGUCUUCUUUUCUUCUCUUCUUCAUUUCUUCUU